AUGGAUCUAAUUUGCAUAUAUGGAGGUGAAAACGGUGUUGCUGACAUUUCAGGGCGAAUGAGGAGGUCUUUUCUCGAGGAAAGCAAUACUGAAGUUGAACCUAACGCUACCCUGAUAUUAGCUGCUAACAAAACACACAGGAUAGACCCUUUUGCCAAUUUUACUUACUACGAGGGUGGAUGGAAUAUUACUAAUGAACAUUAUCUUUAUUCAGUUGCAUAUACUGGUGUUCCUCUUCUUGCCACUGCUGCAACAUGGUUUUUGAUAUUCGGCCUAUGCUCGUUAAUCCUCUGCUGCUGCUGCUGUUGCCGCAGACAGAAGAAGUCUUAUGGCUAUUCUCGAAUUGCUUAUGCACUUUCUCUUAUCCUCCUUAUACUUUUCUCCAUCACUGCUAUAACAGGAAGUGGUUUUCUGUACACUGCGCAGGGAAAGUUCCAAGUCAGUACAACAAAUAUAUUGGAAUAUCUUCUCAACCAAGCAGAUACCACUGUUGAGAAGUUAAAGGAUGUAUUGGUUAAUCUUGUUGCAGCUAAAGAAGUCGGAGUUGGUCAAAAUUUUCUACCUCCUGAUAUCCAGAGUAAUAUUGACAUACUGGGAAAUAUGACAAAUAUUUCUGCUAUGAUUCCUAAAAUUAAGACACAGCAGAGUUCAAAACAAAUACAAAAUGUCUUGCUUCCUGUGAGGCAGGUUCUUAACAUUAUUGCCGCUUCAAUGCUACUAUUAGCCCUUCUUGGUUUCAUGUUUUCAGUUUUCGGUCUGCAGUGUUUCGUGUACAUAUUAAUGAUCAUAGGGUGGAUUCUUGUGACGGGCACAUUUAUUUUGUGUGGCAUAUCUCUUGUCCUCCAUAACAUUGUAGCAGACACGUGUGUUUCAAUGGAUCAAUGGGUCGAAAACCCCACAGCUCAUUCAGCCCUAAGUGAAGUUCUCCCUUGCAUGGACAAUGCAACAGCAAAUGACAUCUUGUCUAUAAGCAAACAUGUCACCUUCCUAAUGGUUGGUAUCGUGAACCAGUUCAUAACUAAUGUGGCCAACAAUGAUGUACCCCCAAAUGCUGGACCUUUUUAUUACAAUCAGUCUGGUCCUUUGGUGCCCAUCCUUUGUAAUCCAUUAAAUUUUGAUAACACUGAUCGGAGAUGCACUGCUGGUGAAAUGGACUUGAGUAAUGCAACCCAGGUGUGGGGGAAUUAUGUUUGCAAUGUGUUACCAUCUGGUAUGUGCACCAGCAUGGGCCGAUUGACGCCUACAUCUUACGGCCAGAUGCAAGCCGCUGUAAAUGUGAGUUAUACAUUGUAUCAUUAUGGGCCCUUCCUUGUUGACCUUGUAGACUGCAACUUUGUUAGAGAAACUUUCAGUGACAUAAGUGAGGAUCACUGUCCGGGACUAAGGCGCUAUAGUUAUAGGAUCUAUGUUGGGUUGGUUAUGGUCUCAGCUGCAGUUAUGCUUUCUAUGAUCUUCUGGCUAGUCUAUGCAAGAGAGAGACGGCAUCGAGUCUAUGCCAAAAAAUUUACUCCAAAAAUUUAUUCUCAAGGAGUAUGA